UAUUUGUCAAUUUGUAUUUUUUCCAAAUACGAUUUUACGGUACUAAUUUCGCGCCCCUUGUAUGUAAAUAACUAAGCGUACUCAUGAUAGAUGGCGCUACAUCCGCCAUUAUAGGAAUUUCAACACUGUAAAUGUGUAAAUGUCAGUCGAGGUUGACGGCAACGCGAUACGUCAUAACAAAGUGCGGCCAAGUGCAAAGUGCAUUUUCACUUGUAUAUCCAAAGUUGUCUUUGAGUAUUUAGCGGUUUGUCGAUAAAAAUCUCCGGUCAGAAUCACUCAUAAUUUUUCUGCGAAACCUCAGGCUACACUGAGAAGCAAACAUGGUGCGGGUAUACGUAAUUGGUGUUGGAAUGACCAAAUUUGACAAGCCAGGCAAAAGAGAUGAUGAUUACCCAGAAUGGGCCAAAGAAGCAAUGCUGUCAGCCUUACAAGAUGCCAAAGUAAACUUUAAUGAAGUAGAAUUGGCAGCAGCAGGAUAUGUUUAUGGAGACUCCACUUGUGGUCAGCGUGUGAUAUAUGAAGUUGGGAUGACUGGCAUCCCAGUAUUCAAUGUCAAUAAUAAUUGUUCAACAGGAUCAAGUGCCUUAUUGAUAGCUAAAGAAAUGGUUGAGUCUGGAAAAUAUAAUUGUGCACUGGCUGUAGGAUUUGAAAAGAUGCAGAGAGGCAGCUUAACCUCCCAGUUUAAUGAUAGAGCAAAUCCAAUGAUGAAACACGUUGAAGCAAUGUCAAAUUUGGCCGACAUAGAUGGCUCUCCAAUGACUGCUCAAAUGUUUGGAAAUGCAGGAAUAGAGCACAUGAAUAAAUAUGGAACAAAGCCCGAACAUUUUGCCAAAAUUGCCUACAAAAAUCAUAAACAUUCUGUAAACAACCCAAAAAGCCAAUUCAGGGAUUUGUAUACGCUAGAGCAGAUCAUGCAAUCACCUAAAGUGUAUGGACCCUUGACAAAACUGCAGUGUUGCCCUACAUCUGACGGGGCUGCAGCUGCAAUUAUAGCUUCAGAGACCUUCGUGAAGAAGCAUGGUCUUGAAGGGCAAGCUGUGGAGAUAUUGGGCAUGGAAAUGGCCACUGAUCUCCCAUCCACUUUCAAUGCCAACAGCCAUAUAUGCAUUGUUGGGUAUGACAUGUCUAAACUUGCUGCAGAUAAGUUGUAUGCAAAGACAGGCAAAAGACCAUCUGAUGUGCAAGUCAUAGAACUGCAUGAUUGUUUCUCUGCUAAUGAAUUGAUCACAUAUGAAGCACUUGGGUUGUGUCCACCUGGAAAGGCUGGAGAGUUCAUUGAUAGAGGGGAUAAUACCUAUGGUGGAAAAUACGUCAUCAACCCGAGCGGGGGCCUGAUAUCCAAAGGCCAUCCGCUCGGCGCCACUGGUUUGGCACAGUGCGCUGAGCUUUGCUGGCAGUUGAGAGGCGAAGCGGGUCCCAGACAAGUGCCGGGUGCCAAAUUGGCAUUGCAACAUAACAUCGGUAAGUCAUAAUUUCUUAUGCCGCAAUUUUUUUCAUUCAGCUGAACGGUAACUGUUAAGAAUUAACAUCUCAUUUCCCCGUAAAAACCAGGUAUUUAUAGCUUGCUCGCCAAUAUCAAAUGAUAUGCAAGAUAUCAAAUAUUAAGGCACCCCUGCUUCGAUCUAAUGCUUCAUUGUUACCUUUGGUUAUCAAUUGAUAAUAAGACGCUGGAUCUUGAAUGAAUUUUCGGUAGACUUGAUUAAAAUAGGUAGGAGCCUGCGUUCCUCGAGGAAGGAGGCCUCAAACCAAAUAAGGGAGCAUUCUUCAUUGAGGAUAUUUGACAAUUCUUCUGUCUCUGGUAUGUGUCGAAACUGUCAAGGAAAAUACAAAGUUCUUGCAAUGAAAAGACAACAAUUUGUUGAAAAUGCAUUUGAUCUCUAGAAAGGCGUCGAACCUCUGCCAAAACUCAAAUCAGUGUUGCUGUAAUUUUCUCUAAAAUGGAGAAAUGGUGGGCAAAUAUCAAAUAUCCUUCUCCCUUUGCAUCUACAAUUCAUGGAUGUUGACAGGUUCAGUCUACUAGCCUAUAUUCUAGCUGUCAAAUGUUUUGAUUGAUAAAUGAUUUACUUUUAAUGAUAAUUUCGCCAACUAUGCGUUACCUACCAUCAUAUCCUUAUGUCACGUAAUUUCCUGAGCCUAAUUAAAAUCGAUAUGGAACGUUGACCAGGAAAGAAUGAUAUAGCAGCUAUAUUUCCAACUCUUAUAUUUUAUUGUAUAUCAAAGAAAAUACCAAUAUUUAUGGAUGAAAUUUUGUAUAAUACUUCAAGCU